CCCCUCGAGUGAGCGCCUGGGCGCGGAGGUCCCCUCCCUCCUCGCUCGGAGUCUGCCAGCUCCCGCUCGCUCCCUGCCCACUCCCGGGGGCCCGUUCCGUGGCGCGGCCGCCGCGGCCACCGCUUCUUUCACACUUUAGUUGCGAGCCGCGCGCCGCGCUCAGUGACUGGAGGGAGCUGGCCGCGCGCCGCCUUCCCGCACGCACGCACGCGGGCCCGGCUCCGGGGUUUUCUGCUUUUACUCCAGGCGGCGGGGAGGAGGGGGGGAGCCCUGGCCACACUGUAGGGAGGAGGAGGAGGACGACGUGGAGGAGGGAGGAAGAGAAGAGGCGAGGAGGCCAGGGGCGGGGGGCGGGGGGCUUGCCACCUUCGGCCCCCCCCCGCGAGCGCCCAAGGUGUGCACACUGUUAGCAGCACAACCUCAAGGUGGAUCUCCCGUGAGCUUGAAGAGAGAGAAGGCAAUGUGCCCGCGUCUGUAGAGAUGAUUUGCAGUCCAGCCCAGCGGAAGCCGACCGAAUGAGACUAUGGGCUGUGCUUCUGCCAAGCAUGUCGCUACUGUUCAAAAUGAAGAGGAAGCACAGAGAGGGAAGAGCUACCAGAACGGGGAUGUGUUUGGCGAUGAGUAUAGGAUCAAACCCGUGGAAGAGGUCAAAUACAUGAAAAACGGGGCAGAAGAGGAGCAGAAAAUAGCAGCCAGGAACCAAGAAAACCUGGAAAAAAGUGGCAGCUCGAACACGAGGCUUAAAACUAACAAGGAAAUCCCUGGAUUAGUCCAUCAACCCAGAGCAAACAUGCACAUCUCCGAAAGCCAACAAGAAUUCUUCAGAAUGCUGGAUGAAAAAAUUGAAAAGGGUCGGGAUUACUGUUCUGAAGAAGAGGAUAUCACAUAGCAUCGAUUCUCCCAGUCAGACCAGGAGCUACUACUGUGUAAAUAGGUUACACCCCAGUUGAAACCUUUGCAAAGGUCGGUUCUCUUCACUGAACAGCACUAUAGCAAACGAAGACUGUUCCAUAUCCUAUGCCCCAUUAAAUUACAGUGUUUCUUAAUGAACCUGCAAAGGAAUAUUGCUAAACACAAACACACACACACAAAAAAAAACAAAACAAAACAAAAACAAAAAAACUGUUCUGGAACUUUCUUUGUUGCUGCUAGUUGACACUUGUUGCAACUUUUCACUUCUCUUGUGUCCAAGUAUGCAGCAAAAUUCUGCAGUUCACCUUAAAGAUACUAUUGGUUUCUCGAUGCUCUCAAGCCUGUUUUCUCUAUGAUGGGGUAGAUGUGAACUCUGAUACAGACGUCAGUGCUAGCCUGGUUCUGCUUCAAUGUCAAGCAUCCCCUCCCCCUCUUUCCUCCUUAUCCAUCUCUUUCCAAGUGGUCCAGAGAUGGCCAGAGCCUUGCUUCUCACUGAUAACGUGGGACUUUGGUCACAGGAUGGUGGCCAUGGUGAGCCUAGUUCCUCUGCUCAAAAGAGCCACAGUUGAUUGGAAACCUGUUGUGACCUGAUUCCCGGAAGUGACAAAGGAACGAGAGAGCAGUAGGUUGUCCCACGUACUAGGACUCUUAGUGCAGGAUUAAGCUUGUAGCAUUGGCUUUUGCUCAGAGGCAAAUGGAAGUGUGACCACGUGACCACAAUCAUUUUCAACCCCUCCCUCCUCACUUUUUUUUUCUAAGAAAUAAACAUUUUGCUGUUUUUAUGUA